GCAAAAAUAAACAACGGCAAAACAGACCCCUAUAAAAGGCAAGCUGUGAGAUGUCUGACUCAUUUUCAUACAAGCCUUAGCGGAGGAGGUGCCGUGGAUAUCCAGCUCGUUCGAUGGCCAGCAAAGUCAAGAAGAGAACAGUACGACAGCGUCGACGACGGAACGUUGAAGCUACUUACGAAGAACCGGACACACCAAAUGCACCAGGCGAGAGGAAGCCGGGAUCAACACGAAAAGGUGGUGUCAGCGCAGAGGUGGAAAAAAACUUGGACAGAUUUGUCGAAACCUUUACCACUCUAGGUGUAGAGGGCGUUCGAAAGCAGUUCAAAGAGAUACUCUCACCUUAUCGACCUCCAGGGGAAUUGUACAAGUACACAGCAUUCGCUGCUAAUCCGGACAAAAAUCGUUACUUGGAUGUCGUCUGCCUCGAUCACUCAAGAGUCCAUCUCACUCUGAAUGUUCCCCCGUCUACAGACUAUAUUCAUGCAAACUGGGUUAGAUUCGAAGGCCAUGACAAAGUCUUCAUAGCUACACAAGCUCCGCUGGAGAACACUAUAGAAGACUUCUGGCGGAUGGUCUUCCAAGAAGGAUGUCCACACAUUGUCAAUUUAACGAAGAUAAUCGAAGAUGGUAAAAUAAAGAGUACUCAGUACUGGCCACUACAAGCUGGCCAAUAUCAAACGUUCGGGAAAAUGUUCGUCAAUACUAAGAAGGUUGAAUCGGAAGGAAAGUUCAUGAUAUACACAGUAGAAGUCUUACCUGAUGGUUGCUCUAAUUCAAAUAUAGUAAAGGUACUCCAUAUGACCAGUUGGCCAGAUCGUGGCCUCCCCAUGAGCGGUCGCCAUGUGCUUCGUCUGAUUCGCCAAGUUAGCGGAGACAAACUAGACAACGGCCCUAUAGUGAUGCACUGCUCGGCUGGAGUAGGCAGAACUGGUACCAUCAUAAUGAUUGAUGUCAUUCUAAGAAAAUUAUUUAGCUGCAAGGAAGUCGAUAUGGUAGAAGUUUUCAAAACCCUUCGCAAUCAACGCGCAUCCUGCAUCCAGCUCGAGGGUCAAUAUGUUUUCGUUAUACUGAGCGUUCUUGAUUAUAUAAAGAUCAAGUGUCCAAAGUACAAGGAACGAGUGAACAAAUACAUCGAAGAUUUUCGAACUACGAUAUUUGUUGCACAGUCUGCAUAACCUCAUGAAAGACAGAUACUUCAAAUUCAAGCCAAACAGUUGAACGCUGAAAUGAUGACAAUGAAUUAAAGUCUCGCCCAU